AUGAAUAGAGUUUUAAUAUUAAUCAUUUUAUUUUUUUUAAAUUUUAAAUUUAUAAUAAUAAAUGCAUAUUAUAUAGUAAUUGAUUUUAACAGUAAAGAAAAAUAUGAAAAUUUUAAAUGUGGUCAGUUGGAUAUUAAUAGGAAUGUAAUUUACCCUCCUUGUAAAUCAUUUUUUGAUGCAGGUAAAAGUGCAUCAGAAUAUAACCCGGUGGAAUAUAAUAAUAAUCAGUUUAAUAAUUCAUUAAUAUUAUAUAUUUUAGUAGAUGAAAAUGAAAAAAAUGUAUUUUUAAAUGAUGAAUUUGUAGCAUUUGGGGAGAUUUAUAAUUAUUGUUUUGUUGAUUUUAAAAUUGUAGAUUCAGAUUUUAAAGAAUUAAAUGAAACAAUAAUCACCCUAGAUGGGAGUAAAAUAAAUCAACCUUUUAUUCAUACUCAAGAACCAACAAUAAAUUAUCAAUGUAACAAUAAUAAUAAUAUUAGCAGUAUUAUUAAAAAUAAUAAUAAUUAUAACGAAAAUAUAGUAUUUUCCAUAUAUAAUCUACAACUAGUCAAUUGGUACACAAAACCCAUGUUCGAACUAAAGGUUUUUAUAGACUCACCUUAUGGAUUCAAUAGAACAUAUAUAUUUAGAAAUUGUAUUUUUAAAAAUUCAGAUGCAGUCAUAGCAACAGCCAUAUCCUACAAAAAUAGUAAAGAAAUCAAUUUAAGAAAACAUAUAAUAUUCCACUCUUGUAUAUUUGAUAAUUUAAUCAAAAGCAGCCAUAAUUCCAUGAUAUUCGAUAAAAGUCCAAUUGGUUCUUGUUGGAGCAAUAUGUAUUUCUAUGAUUGUAUUUUCAGAAAUACCAUAAUCAAAGACGAACCAUUAAUAAGUUCAUAUCUAAUAGAAAAACUGGUAAUGGAAAGAACUGUUAUAGAAAACAAUUAUUUAGGUGUCAGCUUUUAUAGAGUAUUUCACAACAAUGUAGACAUUAACAUGAACCAUUUAAAAAUUCAAUACAACCAAAUUAACAACUUUUUACAUUUUGGGAAUAUAGAUAAAGCAAUACAAACCUUCAGUUUUCAGUUUAAAGAUUCAUCAAUAGAGAACAAUCAAUUAUUAAAAAAUAAAAGCAUUCAAUAUUUAUUCGAUUUGGAUUUCGAAAUUAGAACUCAUUUUGAACAUGUACAUUAUGUGGCAGAUAAUACUUUAGUAUCUUUUAUAGAAAGCACCUUUAGAAAUAAUAUAAUAGAAAAUAAUAAAAAUAAUAUUGUAGGUCUAAUUUCAAUAAACUCAAAAUAUUGCAAACUAUUUUUCAGUAAUUUAAUAGUAGAAAAAGAAUUUAAUCAAUUUCUAAACUCCACCACACCCUAUUCAAUAUCGCUAUCAAACAAUACCAUCGAAUCUAAAGACUCUAUCAUUUCAGAAAAUACCAAAGUAAUUUUAUAUAAUAACUCGAUACUAAACCAAAUGAAACUAAUUAAUAGUACAAUUAUAAAUCUCAAUAGUCAAGAGGAACCUAAUGAAAAUGGCAACAAUGGAAUUAAUAAUAAAAAUAAACUUAUAAUUGCAAUAAUAAUACCAAUAAUAUCAACAGUCAUAAUAGUGGUAAUAGCAAUACUAUUAUAUAAAAGAACCAGUUUAUUUAAAAAUAAAACAAGCAAUAGCAAAAAUAAUAACACAUUUAUAAAUAAAAAUAAAGAUAAUGAUAUGAAUAACGAAAUAGAGCUACAAGAUAAUGAUGAAAAGGCAAAUGUUGACCAUGGCAGUAUACCAAUAGAUGAAAACGAAGGAAAAGACAUAAAUAAUAAAAAAAAGAAAUCAUUAAAUGAAAAUGAAGCACAAUUAGACAAUUAA